AUGGCCGCACGAAGCGCAGCCGUCAAGCUCGACUGGUCCAAGGUCACCUCCUCGCUGGGCCUGCGCGGCCAGACCGUCGCCUCCCUACAAGCCUUCAAGCAGCGAAACGAGAACGUCCGCCGCAAGGUGGCGGUGCUGUCCGAGCAGCCGACGACCGUCGACUUCGCGCACUACCGAUCGAUCCUCAAGAACCAGGCCGUCGUCGACGAGAUCGAGAAGCGCUUCUCUGCGUUCCAGCCUGCCAAGUACGAUGUCGCCCGCCAGAUGAAGGCCAUCGAGGCCUUCGAAGUCGAAGCCGUCAAGAAUGCCGAGGCUACCAAGGAGAAGGUCGACCUUGAACUCAAGGACCUCGACAUGACCCUGAAGAACAUCGAGACCGCCAGGCCGUUCGAGGAGCUCACUGUGGACGAAGUUGCCGAGGCCGAGCCCUCCAUCGACGAGAAGACCGCGAAGUUGGUUUCCAAGGGCCGCUGGUCCGUUCCGGGAUACAAGGAAAAAUUCGGCGAUCUUUCCGUACUAUAG